CGUCCGAGAAGAUAAUGAGGUUUUUGGUCUCUCUUUUUGUUUUUGUUUUGCUUAUUCGUUUCUCUAAAGCACUCAAAAAUGAAAUCCUUGCUCGAAAAGGAAGUCUUCGUCGAGAUACAGUCAAUAAGUUUGGCUACGCUAGGUUUGUAAAACACGAGAAUUCGUACCUUGAUGUAUCUGUGGCCUUUAACAGCUUUGUAAGAAGGGCAGGGGAGUGUGCGUUCAUCUGCGCUAACUCUUCUAUCGGUUUCUCGUUUAAUUUCGCCAUCAAUGCUGAUAUUCAUGGAAGACAUAUUUGUGAGAUUCUCGCUACGGAUAAGUACAACGCCUCGGACAAGUUUUCAUGUCAACCUGGACUCAAUCAUUACAGUAUCUAUAGCCCUUGUUCGUCAUUCCCUUGUCGUAACGGAGCAACAUGUAAAGCUAUCUAUGAAGAAAACAAAUACGAGUGUCUCUGUAAACCCGGCUACAAUGGAGUGCACUGUGAAAAUGGUGUAGAUUACGAGAUGGAUGUUGCUCUUCAUGGACAUUCGUACGAGAAUGUCACAGUUACAAACAUCAAAGAGUGCUUAACGACAUGUUUGAAUGAAUGUCGUUGUAUGUCCUAUCAACUGUUUGGUACGCGCUGCGAGUUGCUGGACGAGGACAGGCAUACAGCACCGGCAGACUUUGUGCCGACACCAGGGUACAAAUACAACGAACCGAAGCCAAAGACGACACAGGGGUCCAUUAAUUGUGCUACAUCCGGGACGCCAGCUUCAAUGUCGUCAUUAAACUGCAGCAAUGGAUGUUGUCAGAAUAUCACCUGUCUUAAUGGAGGAACGUGUAUCGAACAAUGCAGCAAGGAUGUCAGACCCAAGUUCCAGUGCCUUUGUAUCCCAGGGAUCUUCACAGGCAGAAUGUGCGAGAAGCCCAUGACCUGUGCCGCGCAUGGCAAAGGACUUGUUUCUGGUCUUUAUCCCAUCGCUUUACCUUCUGGCGACAAGAUGAAUGUUUACUGUGAUUUCCAUUCACAACCAGGUUUCGUUUGGACUCUGAUAGAGUCGUUUGGCUUUGCUAAUAUGUUAAAGUACCGAUACAAAUCCUUCAUCAGGGAUUUUCCUGUCAACCAAGCGGGUACUUUUAACUGGACUGACUACCGCCUGUCUCGCCUGGUCAUGCUGCACAUCAGAAGUAACUCGACUCUCUUUAGAGCCACAUGUAAGUACGAGACUGACGGCCUCGUCACGCGGGACUACAUUCGAGGUUUGCUGACCAACUUUGACAUCAUUAUGCGUGCAAGUGGAGCCAUUUGUGCGCAUGUGMAGUACAUUAAUGUGCGAGGAAUCAACUGCACCGAAUGCACUACACAUCUUCGUCAAGUUACUUCGUUACAUGUUCUCGUCAACAGUGGUUUUGGAGCUGGUAUGGGAUGUGAAUGGGAUGGAAGUCAGGGGAUGAUGACGAUUACAAAAACCACGGAAGAGGGCCGCAAGAUUAAGUAUUUUGAUGUAAAUUUUGGUGCCUAUUUUGACCCGGUCAACCCUGCUCACCGAUGUUCAUCUUCGCCUUCUUCUACCACACAAUGGUGGCUUGGUACGCCCGAGUACGUGUAAUGAAGUUAUUACGAACAUUUGAGGCCCCUUUGAUUCUAUCAUGGGUGCAGACAUCGAUGAACUCAAUUCAUUCCGAGAGUCACCAAACACAWAUCGACUACUGAACUUUUUUCUCUUUUGGGAAACUAUUUCUGUUAAAGACGUCUCUCGACAACCCUAUGCUUACUUUCCUUUCCGACAUUCAACACACGAACUAUCUAUAAAAGCAUGAACUUGACUAGUAGAUUGUAUGGGAAAUCACAAUGAUAGAAAUCUUCCUUAGGAAUGAACUACGCUCGAAACUAAGGCCGCAUGUUUGUCAAUUAACGAGUCCAGUGAAACCAAAUAUUCUCACUUCUUGCUAAAAACURUUCCACAAGGACUCAUGUCAAGGGACCAUACGUAUCAAUAUUUUUCAUAGAAAGCUUCUUCCGUAUUUCGCCUCCAGACAUCAAAUGCUAUACGGUAGCUUAAAUACAGUGGGACAUGCAGCAAGUUAGACGAGUUGCUGCAAAUAAGAACCUAGUUGCUGCAAAUAAAAGACAACUUGUUGCAUUUUAGACGCGGGUUGCUGCAAAUAAGAAUCUAGUUUCUACAAAUAAGAAUCGAGUUGCUGCAUUUUAGACGCAGGUUGAGUUGCGGGAUGUCUUCGUAAAAGCACUGUUUGCCAAAAUUUGCUAAAAAGAAUAUACUGAGUAACCAAGUGCAGUAAAUGCUCUUGUCCGCAAACUAGCCAGGAAAGUCACCGGGAAAGCAUAGUUCAACUAUCUGGUUAUGCUGAUCGAAGUUAUACAUAGCUAGGAAUAAUAUUCUCUUUUUCCUAAAACGAUUGCCUUAUUGUUGAAUAUUUCAAUAUAGUGAGAAAUUGGAUUAAAAAAAAAAAAAAAAAAAAAAAAAAAAAAAAAAAAAAAAAAAGGAAAAAAAAAAGAAAGAAAAUCCUAUGUGCAUAAGAUGGGAUUCAGACCCGCAACGAAAAGAAAUUCCAAAAAAUCGAUUCCACUUUGCCAUACCCCCGAGACAUCCGCAGAGCUGAGGCGGCGUAUGGACUUCGGACCUGACG